CGGGCCCCGGAUGAGGAAGUGCAGGGCGAUCAUAGAGACGAAGAGGCGGCGGCGGCCGGAGCGCCCCCGGGCUCUCUCGGCUCCGCAGGCUCAGGUAGAUUCGGCGGCGACGGGGUUGCUGCUGCAGAGGCCGGGCUGGCGGGGCGAGCGCGGGCCGCGGAGCAGGCCUCAGGGGUGAACCGUUUGGUGUAAGAGGCUUGACUCCAUAUCUGCACCUGCCCCCAUGCUGUCAUCCGGCGUGGAGACCCAGCCUGUUCCACUUGAUUCCUCCAUGUCUGCUGAGGUGCAGGAAUUAUACUCUGAACUCCCAGGGAGUGCCUCCAAAGAGCUUCAUGCUGACCCCGAGCCGAGUGCAACUCCAGAUGUAAAACCCGGAGCCUCAAGCUCUCGUGUAAGUCAGAGUAGGGCUGCGCCCUUGGAGCUGCAGAGGACUCCUGCGGAAAGUUGUCGUGAAGAAGCCCCCGAGACCUCGGACCAUGGGGGUGAGCCUGGGCCGUGUGGGCUGGUGGGCCCCUCAACAGAAGGUCCCGUGGCUCCUGGGAGCUUGGAUAGGGAAGCGAAAGCCGAGAGCCUGGAGCAAAAGGCCUUCAGAGAUGGAGGGGACCAGGCAGAGGUGGUGAGAGCCCCCUGUGAGGGAGCGGAAGAAGACCUGCAUCAGUGUCCCACAGCCACUGGAGAACAGCUCAGCCCCGGCCAGGAGGACCUCCGGAUGCAGGCAAGCGAAGAACUUUUAUGCAUGGGCCUCCCUGAAGAUGGUCUGAGGAACAAAGAAGAAAAUGUACAAAUCACAGCUGAAACUCUUCUGACAUCUACUGAGGAAGUCCAAGUUAUGAAGGUCCAUGGAACUAAGGCGGACGAUAACGAAGGACUCGAGAAUGGCCGUGUGAGUCAGGGUCUCUCGGCUCGGUGCCGUGGACACUCAGAGACAGACAAAAUCAUGACCAGUGCUGAGGUUUCAGAGUCCAGCACCUUAGUUUCCCUAGAGCCUUUAAAUAUUGUGGACCCUGGACUAACAGAAGCAACUCCUAAAGAAAAGGAAUGUGAAGAAAUAAGAACUUAUCCUUCUUGGUUGUCAUUGUUACCAGGGAACAGUGCCAUUUCCAAAGCGGACAGCAGGGAGGAAGAGUUACGUAAAUUAAACCUUGUCUGUGAAGCCGACGACAAUCACCAACAGGUCCCUGGCCACCAUAGUGAGAGACACAGUUCUGCAUGUGACAGUCUCAAAGCCACGAGAAAGGUGGUUCUAACAGAACCCUCAGAAGAAAAUUCUAAAGUUUCCCAUUUCACAUCAGGUUUAUCUGGUCCAGGAUCCAGAACAACGUCCUCAGAAAAGUGUGGUCUUGAAGGUGAUGGCUUGCCAAAGGGAUCCGCUGAAAAGACGCACGAUUCCUGUUUGGAUGGGAAUGGUCAAAGCCAGAACUUGUCUUCUAGAGAAGAACACAAACAGCCUUUGAAUCCCAGGAGUGAAAGAGAACUCUUCCUUGUUAACGCCAGGCAACCAGGAGAGGAUGGUAGUCGUCACUGUUCUGGAAAAAAAGAGACUACUGUCUUCCCCAAAGAAAAUGCCCAUGAUCACUACUGCCCUCGAGGCAGUUCCCAUAUAGGCUGCUCCAGUUCCUUCAUGCCCAAUUCUUUUACUCAAGCCGUGGAAGGAGUGCUUGAAGAAAAUGAUUUGAAAAUCACUUUAGACGUUCAUGGUAGCUUGGCAAAUGAUGAGGACCACAGAGGAACUUUUGCUGAAAUGAGCCAUCCAGGCACAGACUCUGAAGGGAGUCAUUUUCCCUCCUCAGUGCAGAUUGAAGAACCAGAACAGACAACCACUCUAGAGCCCAGUGUGCUGACUGAGAAGACUCACAGUAGAGACUGUGAGUCCUUAGUCCGUACCCAGAGAAAUCUAGAAGGCAGACCCCAGUUAAAUGAAGCCUCGCCUAACGGAUUUUUAAUUGAAGGGAAAUCCCUUGUGAGUUUAACACCAGAGGACCAGAUCAAUUCUAUAACUGAGAUGUCUAAGCUCAAGAAAGACAUUACUCCGUUACCACCAUCCCUAGAACUUGAUGACAGGCCUGAAUCAGAAAUAGCCAUACAAAACGCCCAGGACCACGGUCCACAUUUAGGUAAACAGAGCACCUCCUGGGAGGUGGAUAAAUUUGCUCAUGACAACAAACUGGUUGUAAACAAAACAGGAAGUGAAUGUGUUUUAAAUCAAGUGUCCCUUAAUUCUCAAACCCACACAAAGUUGCCAACCAACAAAGAGAUGCCUGUAGCAGCAAGCAGGGGUUCCCGACAGGGCCAGCGCCCUCCGUCAGAGGAUGGCACAGGUGUCGCUGCCGGAACCCACCCCGUUCCCAUGAAAACAAAGACGAAAGACAUCUCUCGACCAAGUGACGGAUCCCGUGGUGCCUCUUCAAACAGUUCCACCUUAAACAGCAGACUAGAAAGAGAGACCGAAGCAGCCAAUUCGGGAGCAGGUAGUCUGCAUUCUGGACUCCUCUCAAAUAAGAACGAAGUGGCAGCCUUGCCUGUAGAGGUCUCUGUCCGGGAACGUCAGAGUGUUCCGUCUCGGGAUCUCUCUAGCUGCCCUUGUGUGAGGAAAAACGUCCCAGAGGAGAGCAGGUGUCCUGCCCAUGCUGCCCUGGAGCCCAGCAGAACUACCCUGAGCAUCGAAAACUGUCUGUUAUCCAAGUAUGAAGAUACCUUUCAGCAUAUCCAUCACCACCCCCAAGGGAGCGACAGCUCUGUGGAAAGCUGCAGCUGUAGAAAGAAUUGUGCAUCGGAGGAAAGUGAGCCAGGUGAGGGAGACACUGAAGACAGCCUUCCCAGAGGUGAGGCCAGAGAUGAAACGAUGGCAGGCACAUUAAACAGUGAAGCUCCAGACCAAACCACCCAACCAAGCAAGGAAGGGCCAGAAGAAAAAGAACAGGACACACCCAAAGACACUGUGUUCUGUCGAUGUGACGUUUCUGAUCGCGUCGCACAAGAAUUCAACCAACCCACAAACAUUCCAAGUCCUCCCAUGUUCUCUGGUGUUAAGAAUGUGAACCAAGCAAUUGAAACUCCUAAGCAGAAGGCAGAUGAUGCCGUCAGCUCCCAGGGUGACCCAGGCAGACCCAGUGAAUGCAGAGGUGAAGGUAACCCAGCUAAGGAGACACUUGGCCGUGACCAGCGAGAGUCGCCCACAGAGCCUGACAGAGAGGCGAGCCACAGCCUGAAGGCUCUACCUGUUGGUUCAGGCAGUAACAGCUCAACAUCUGGCAGGAGCCCCACAAAAGGGGGCUGUGGGAGGAUUUCUGAUUGUGAGGAGCCCACAGAUGGGACAGCAGACAUGGUCUCCACAGGCGGUAGUGAUGAGCCCUCAGAAGGCAUUCUGGAAGGAAGGCUUUCUGGUACUCUGACUGGGGGUGCAAGGCACGCCAGGGCGAUGUUGCCAGAAGCCUCAGGGAGUACGGUGUCCCAGAGGGGAGCACCUGUCGCUGCUUUUGUAGGAAUGAUUGGCCAGGAUUCGGAUUUCCAACAUGCUGCUUCCUCUGCAUCAGACUCUCUCAAUAUUAAAAAAUCGUGUGAAGAGAAGGUAUGCAGACCCAUAGAAGACUGUGAAAUGGAAGUGUGUCCAGACCCUUGUGUGCCUGACGUAGGGUCUAUUGCAGAUCAUGAACCAGAUGUAAGAGUAUUGGGUAAAAUAAAUAUGUCUUUCAAUUAUGUUCAUCAUGAAGAGCAAGUUAAAGAAGCAUCUCUGAGAGAAACACAAGGAACAAUUGAAGGAUCAAGACUCGAAGUAAACCUUGAGCAAGACAAGGAAAAUACCAUUGGAAUUUCUUCAGUAGAGUUAACAUCUUCUGGACACCAGGGUGUAGACUCUGUACCCUCAAGAAGCCUGAAAUCCAUCGAGAUAAUGCCUUUGCACCCACUGUGUGAAAAAAAAUCAGAAACAAUUAUUAAUAGUGAAGAAACUGACCCCCCAAACCUUUUUAAGCCAAUAGACGGUGAAAUGCCUUGUGAGAAUAAGAACAACACAGUCCUGCCUGAGAUGGAGGGAGGAGCAGCGAGGAGUGAGAGUGAUCCUAGCAAAGAAGGCAGCACAGCCCUCAGGGCGGAAGGCUCGCCUUUGACGCUAGAUGCGGAAACUAAAGUGAAAGGAGAGCAGGCUGCAGAGCAGCAGAGGGGGCCAUGGGGUCAGCCUCCUGCCGGGCAGGAGUCGGAAGAGAUGGCAAUCAGGGAAGGUGGUCUCGCUGAUAACCCGAGCCAGGUCUCUCAGACCCACCUUAAAGCUCCGAGGAUGCGGGGUGACUCAGAGAAACGACCAAGCCAGAAGGUUCUGAGCCACAAGGAAGAGGAGCAGGUACGUCAAAAAGAAGCACACACAGUACUGGAACAAUGCCCAGCAUCUCAUCCGUUGUCGGAUGAGGUGCAGGAGGGUGGCGACGAUGAGCCCGCCUCAGAGACGGGAGUCACCUCAGCAAAGCCGGCCACGGGCACCUCUGCCGUGGGGCCUCAGAAGCCCACAGGCCUGACGGAGGAAGGCUCGUGUCACCCCCCAAGAAAGGACACGGAGUCAUGCAUGUGCCCCGGUCCCCGCACUGCCCCUCGGAGGGCUCGAGACCCCUGCUCUGCCCGGCGUGAGGCCUUCCACGGUGCCUUUGGGAACACUUCUCACCGGAAGGGGGCGCUGCCCUUAAAGAAGCAGCCCCCCCGAACCUGCAAGAAAGUUUCCUGCCAGGAGCUGGUCUCCGUGGGGAGGAAAAUGAGUAGAAUCGCACGUUCUGCUUUCCUAAAGAGCUCCUCUGAGACCAUCCCCACGAAAGCACACAGAGUUCUCAGUUCCCAUGCCAUGUCUCUACCUGUGCGCCCAGAGCCCGAAACAGCCCCUGCCAGAAGCCUUGUGAGCCAUGUACCAAAGCCGAAGGCCGCCCCAGGCCUGCCCUCGGGGGGCCUGAAUGUGCGGAUGCCUACCAAAGAAUUGGCCUUACUCAGCAAGCUAUCCAUCCUCGCCUCCAGACUGGCCCCCGCUGCCAGGACCCAGAAGCUGCGGUCUCGGCGGUGCUCCUCGGACCUUCUCCCUGUGGCUAAAAGCUACAAGCAGCUCCGAUACCGGAGGCUCCUGGACGGCUUCUCCCGCAGCACAACGCAGCUGAACCCAUGUCUGGCAGCUGGUGACUGGGACAGGAGGCCUAAGAGUAAACCCCUGAUGCUUUAUUCGCUCGAAACUGUCAAAAUGAGCUUCAUAGAUCUGAGCGACAAGAUGCCAUCGCUGCUGUUCGGUUCCGAAACCUUCCCGGUGUCCUUCCAUGUGAAGCUGGGCCCUGAGUGCGUGGCUGAGUCCCCCAGGACUUUCCCUGAGCACUGUGCGCCUGCGAGACUCGCCUUAGGAGAGGCCCGCUGGGGCCGUUCUCCACCUCCCAAGUGGACCUUCUCCUUCUUCCUGGCCCAUGGCUGCCCUGGAGUGGCCACGUUCAGGGAAGACCCCGGCCUCCACGACCAGGCAGGCGCCCAGCCUCCAGUUCCCCUCCAGGACCGCAGGGCCACUGCCCUAGUCCAGAGCAGGGGGGGCUGUUCCAUCCUUGGCCUCCACACGCUCCUAGCACUCUGCUCCCCGGGAUGCUACCGGAUCUGGACGAAGAAACGGAGCUGUGCCAGCCACACGCCUGCCAUGCAGAGGCUCUUCAUGACCCAGUUAACACAGGGCCUCAAAGGGCUGCGGUCUCCUGCCUCCAUAGCUGACAAGGUCUUCUGUUCUCUGCCCUACUCGGUGGGCCGGGUGCUAUCCAUCUGGAGCCAGCAUGGGCCUUCCGCCUGCCCCUUGGAGAUCUCCGCCCUUCCACCCUCUCACAGCAAGCGGCAGUCACCUCUGGGCGUCAUGAGCAGCCGCACCGUGUUACCGUCCAUGCCUCUUCCGGGCCUGGAAGCUGCUUACAGUGUUGGCGGCAGUCACCUGAGGCUAGAGCCUCCAUUCCCUGCCUUGGUACCAAAGUCUCACCUGGUAACAGACUCAACUGUCAGCAAGCUCCUGUUCUCAGCCUCCGAGUUCCCGGUUCCUGGGUUUGACGAGCUGGAUGGUGUGACGGCCGCCUGCCCCCGACCACAGGGCAGCCCUCCAGAACAGAAAGAGGCUGAGCCAGAGAAGAGGCCGAAGAAAGUCUCACAGAUUCGCAUCCGGAAAACCAUUCCUAAGCCAGACCCUAACCUCACACCCAUGGGCCUUCCUCGACCCAAAAGGUUAAAGAAAAAAGAGUUUAGUUUAGAAGAAAUAUAUACCAACAAGAAUUAUAAAUCUCCUCCUGCAAACAGGUGUUUAGAGACCAUUUUCGAGGAGCCUAAGGAACGAAACGGUACACUCAUCUCCAUCAGUCAACAGAAGAGGAAGCGAGUCCUGGAGUUUCAGGAUUUCACAGUCCCUCGGAAGAGGCGUGCGCGCGGAAAGGUCAAGGUAGCGGGCAGCUUUACUCGGGCCCAGAAGGCGGCCCUGCAGAGCCGGGAGCUGGACGCGCUCUUGAUACAGAAACUGAUGGAACUGGAGACCUUCUUUGCCAAGGAAGAGGAGGAGCAGGAGCAGCCGUCCGGCUGCUGAGUGGUGAUUCAGGUUGGGGGUCUUGGCUUCAGACUUUUCUUGGCCUCCUUGGAAGAGGUUGCCUGAUUUUGCCCUCCCGCCUAAACCCCUCAGAGCGCAGGCUGUGGAUUUUACCUCCUUCCGGGUGCAGCUUCUGUAGGAGCUGGUGCAGGAGGGCCCUCUAGCUUGUACUGCUGAGCACAGAACCUCAGGAAUGCUCCUUUUCUCUUGGAAAUGGUCCCGGAUGACGCCGGCCUCCUCGCCCCGCUCUCUGCCAUCCAUGGAGGGGCACACGGCACCCUUUCAACAACACUAGGUUUCAGCGACUCACAGCAUUUGCACGUCCAUGUGAAAGUCCCACAUCGUUUACGGUGGUGCUAGACCAAGAUCAUUCAGACAUGUGGCCUAGGGAGAGAGACCUGGCGUCCUGUCCCAUGAGGUCUCACUGGCUCACUUCAGUAGUUGAGGAAAGAUGAGCUGUUGUGUUUUCUAAUCCUUUGAGUCCGUCUGUCCAGAACCAGGAGAGAGAGAGAGAGAGAGAGAGUGUGUGUGUGUGUGUGUGGCUUUUCCCUAUUGUCUUCUCCCCUCUGUGACUGUGGGUCACUAGUGCCAGAGGAGCCCGUCCAGGGCCCAUUUGAAGUAAGUUGCACUUUUUAAUGUUGUGGUGUUGAUUAUUUUCAUUUGUUUUAUUUCCCUCUUUUUUUUUUUUUUAAAUUUUUGCUGCAUGUUUCGAGCCUUUAAAUGUGAUUUUAAAACUAAUUUUUUAAGACAUCAAGAAGAAAGACAAUACACAUCUCCAGAACACACGACAGGCAUUUGUCCCGGUUUGUCGGUGGGUAGCCAAGAGCCUUUCCCCAUCAAUGCGUUCUGGCAGCCUCUUCCCCACAUGCAACUCGAGGCAUGACUAUUGCCUCAUCUGGGUUCUCAUUCUUGCCCACUAACUAGAUGUAUUUAUCGUAAUGAUGAAAGUAAGAGCAGGUUUCUCUCCCGGUCAUUUAACAAGUCGGAAGGUUGGGUGUGGUCUCAGUGGGUUUCAUCUGAAGUGGUGUCCGUGACAGAGGUCCACAGCGGCCCUGGUGGUGCCAAACGCCAACCCAGAGUGUCCACAGCUGCCAAUCCUGCGGGAGGAGGGGUCAGCCGAGGUCAUGAAGUUCUCGGGCAGCCCCCUCAGAGGGCACCUCGCUGUCCUCUGGGCCCCUGCGUCAGUCCUACUGGAAGUCUGGAGGCAUGUUGGGCAGGUCUCUCAGCUGCUGUGUGUGCACCUGAGGGAGUCUGUGGGCAGGGGAGCAGGGGCUGCUGCGUGCGGCCCCCGGCCCAGAGGUUUCAUUCCUUCCCCACAUCAGGCCUGUGUGCCCUCACCUGCUUCCCCUCUUCCCCUUCCCUUGUGUUUUAUCUUGUUUUUUCAUCUCUGUCUCUGAAACCAAGAGUGCAGAGAAUUAACAUUCCGUGGCUGGAGAGCAGGAUACUAAAACCUCGCCUCAGGGCACUGGUCGCGCCUCCGUCCUCCUACGGGAGCAGCGCCGGCCAGCGGGACUGUCAGAUCUCCAGGGGUGUUUCCGAGUCAGCCUGUGAGAGGAGUGAGUGGUCCCGUCCUGGUCCUGUCUCCUGGGCUCCUGUUGUCUCCCCGUGUGUCGGCGGCAGGGAGAUGGAGUGGGGGGUGGGGGUCUCUGUGUGCCUUUCCUCUGCAGGCUGACAGUCUGUGCCACACGAGCAGAAAAACUGACAGUGUCAGAAAAGUGCCACGUCUGUCUCGUGGGCCCACUGCCUCAGGCAGAGCUUUCAGUAACCGGAGCACCCACCUGCUGACCCGCGGAGGCUUCUCAGGCCAUGGCCACAGCGCGUCGGAGAGCCAGGCAUUCACACCGCUGUGGACGGUGCAGACCAGACGCUGCCCCGUGCAUCCCCUUUGCUCAGACUGUAGACAUGACCUGUGUGUCGCCUCAGUACCUCUCCCGUCCUGGGACAGGGUCCUCAGACACAAAUGCUCCAUCUUUUUGCUCAAGGGAGUAGGGAUGAGUUUGUGCCCGCGUACGAGCAUUUUUAGGGCGCUCCCGCUGGACAGACUCCCAGCUGUUCGCCAGCUCCGUCGUCAGUGGAGACGAGUCCACCAUGUGGCAAACGUGGCAGACUGAAGUGGGUGCAGCUGCGGUUCCACCAGCGUCCUGGAGAUCCAAUUUCAAGUCUGCCCGUUGCAGGCGUGGCACCUGUCAGGGCUGGGAGCGAGGUUUGGAGCCUCAGUGUCUGGAGGGGAGGCAUGGAUGAGGUGGGACCCGGGUUCCUUCCUGUCCUGGGAGUGUAGGAAGUAGCUUCUCUGAGGCCAGCCUCCCCUUGUAAUUUUUGGCCUGCCUCUGGCCGAGGCCCCGCCUCAUUCCAAAGUUAAGAAGGGGCCCCCACUGCAGACUUGAAGUUGCUUGCCUGAAGUCCACGUCAGGCUUUAGCUGUGUCCAGCCGCACCUGUCUUAAUGUCUAGCAGCUGCAGCACUGUCUGUGGUCCUAGAAGCUGUGCCACCUGCCACCAGUUGGCUGCUGGCGCCACCUGCCCAGAGCCUUGGGAGGUCUGGUUCUGCGCUGGGAGUUAGUAGCUUCCAAGGAUGGGGACUUCCCACCCCACGAGAUUUAGUGAUUUUAAUAUGGGAAAGAGAGGAGAAAUCUCAGGUCCAAUCAGCAGUUCUGCCCGUCGGCUUUUCACUGACCCCUCAGCUAUGGUUUUCUCCCUGUGUCGGUUUCUGGCAGUGUUGGCCGCCCUCCCCCUUUUCCUCCUGGUUUCCUUUGCAGCUUCCUUUCUCUAUCAGUUUAAAUGUACCUCAUCACCCAUUCAAGCAGAUUAUGUCCACUUUUUGUCACUCACCGUACUCUUAAGAGCUACAGCCAAGGAGCGUGCCGUGCAGAGAUAUGUAGCGUUUGCCUUACUUGGAGCCUGAAGAGCCCAGAAACUCAUGCUGUGAAUCUGGAGCUCAGCACUCCCCAUGGAGCUGUGAAAAUCAGACACUUUGUCACAAUUUUGCCUGGAAGGGCCUUACUUUGGGCGCCAGAGCCGACCUGAGGUGGACUGCAGAUCCCACCCUCUGGACUCGGUCCUCCCCCUGGGGAGCUGGCCCCCUGCCUGCAGGCCGAGGGCGGCACGGCGUGUGCAGGGCAGGGUCACCGACCCCGGCUCUCGCGGCUGGCGGGGCGCAGAGCCAGCCCUCGUCUCCAAGGCUGGGGUUUCCUCUCACGGUGCACGCUGGGAUCGGCAAAAGACCGACUUGUAGGCGGUGGUGCUUUCCCCCAUCCCUGGGGGCAGAGUAUGCAGUCGGCGCUUUCCUUAAUUCCCUUGGGUUCUGUGCGUGUCCCCGGACCCCAGUAUCAUGGAAAGGACCCCUGAGACACAACAUCGUGGGUGGCUGUUCCCAAAGUCUGUAAGUGGUUGGCCAGAGGCUCGGAGCACCCUACCCUGGAUUCAUGCGUGGGGAGGGCUCCUUGCUGUAACCAAACUUCCUGUAUCAAAAGCUGGCCAGGAAGAAGGCUUCAUUUUAGUAAAAUCAAAGUGUGAUACUAUCACCUAGCCACACACUGAGCAGCAGAGGCUAUUUAUUCUGAUUGUGAAGCAAGGGUCCCCGCAUAGUCUGCCCUCUAGCACCGCACCCUGUCAGAUUGGACGCUUGUACAUCGUGUGUCUUCACGAGCCCCUCUCUGGUGCUGAAUUGGAUUUUAAUCCUUGGCGAGAGGCCUCAGCAUCUCCUUGGGCGGGUCUGGGCCAGUAAAUAGCCGCCUGAAGUGUUUAUAUAAUUAUCAUGGUCAAUAGUUCAGUGAAAUUUGUACAUUUUUGGUAACAUUGGCACACACAAUGCCCCUGCAGUUCCUUUUCUGUUUGGUAGUUUGUGACUAAAAAUCCCACUGUUAUGUGUGUUAAUUUAUGAAAAUAAAGAUUCUUUUUUUUUUUUUGGAAAACCUUUCAAAUAAC